CUAAGUUUUUUUCCCCCAACCUUCAGAAUCCGGCCGCCCUUUCCACUUUAGACUAAAAAAAAGUUUCUAAUGCUCGUGUGCGUUUGGAAAAAGUGCAGAUUUUAACUUUUCUAGUUGUUUUUUUUUAGGUAAUAAAGGGAAGUUUAGCUAAGAAGUAUAAAAUAAAUAUCGUUGACGGAACCACCAAAGUUUCGUAUCGAACUGAACGGGCCCACGGAAGGAUCUCGCGAACGGGCGGGGCGACGGGAAGUGUAAGAUGGAUAGGGGGGUUUCCUCACAGCAAAGGAAUGAUCAACUAACAAAAAGCGAUUAAUUGAACUCUGUAAAGUUGUCCGAUCCGAUGUCCCAAACCUUUUGGACCGUAAUGGCAGUUUGUGUAUCAAGAUCAGCGUUGAGAUAAGAAGAGCACAUGGAAGAGGAAGUGGACAGCACUAGGCAGAAAGAACAGAAUGCUGAUGAGCCUGCUCGUCCUUGUGCCAGCCUUGUGGCACAGGACCAGCCUCAGCACCACCAGGAGCCCUGCACACAAGACCAAGAGCUACCCAUCAUGCACUGGGAGGACUUGAGUGUACGAAUAGCCGAGCUUGAGAAACAGGAGGAAGAACGGAGGAACAAAGCUGAGUCCAUCGGUUUGAAAGACGAAGAACAAGUGAUAGGAGCGUGGCCUCAUGUAAAGCACGAGACACUCAACAGAAAACAUGGGGAAGAUGCAGGUGAUCUUGGAGGGCACCGUUUUUCCUGCGUUACAUCUCGGUUUUACAGUCCUAAAAAUCUUCAGCUGUGUUUUAUCAACGACAGUGAGAGUGAUCAGGAGGGUGAUGAAGGGGCAUCCUUCCAAGAGAGGCCGCAUGAUUCACAAGGACAAGGGCGACGAUCUGCUGGCCUAAAACAGGAAGUGAGAGCAGCUCUGAGUGAGCUCCGAGACAAGCUUUGGGAUGAGCAGAGGCAGCAACAGAAGCUGAACCACAAGGAUGUGAGCUUUAGGAGAAGAAAGCUUAGCUGCAGUGACCUGCAAACCUGCUCCGUUCUUCAACUAAACGCCCUCAGGACCUCCCUCUAUGAAGACAUUCAGGACCUGAGCUCGGAAUUAGUCAAGCAUCUGGUAGUAAGAGAUAAUCUGCGGACAAAGCAAGAUGCCAUGCUCCUGGACGUACAGGAUAUGACAUCACUUUGACUCACAUCUAGCUCCAAUUAACCUAUAUGAUAAAACUGUCUGCUAUAUAAAACAAUAGCACUAUAUUUCACCAGCAGUUUUAAUGACCAGUGUCUUUUUUUUUUUUGUUCUUUACACUAACAAAGCCAUAUGAUCCUGUUUGUCUUGAUUUGUUUUGUUUUUCUGUGCUCACACAAAUAUUGCUUACUAUGUGAAUGUAAUUAUUUGAGUCACAAGUUUUAUUGUGAGAAACUGUAUCUGUGUAAAAGAGUAGCUCAACAAGCAUACUCCAUGUUUUUAACAUUUAUUUUAUAUUAUCAUCCAUACGAACUGUGAAAGCUGCUAAUAAAUGUAUGGGUGACCAGUACCUGCUUUAUGGCAAUAUGAACUGCAUGUAAUAUAUUAUAAUAUCUGAUGAAUAUGGGGCUUUUUCAUUGUAACAAAAAAAAAUGUAACUAACAGAUAUUUUUCAUAAAAAAAGUU